AUGGCUACAGUCUCUGCCCCUCCUCUCCCUCCCUCCGUCCUCCUCCACCUCCCAGAGCUCAACUUCUCCUCCUGCCCCUGUCCAUCCAUCCAGACACUGAAUGCCACCACGCUGCCACCCCCCAUCAACCCUCCCUCCUUAGGAAUGUCCUGUUUCACAAUGACCCUGGGUGGCCUCUCCAACCUCACCGCCCUGGGCAUCCUGGCCAAGUCCUAUGUCCGCUUCCGACAUCGGGCCAAAGCGCCGUUCCUGCUGUUAGUGGGGGCUCUACUGCUAACCGACCUGGCUGGUAAUUUGAUCCCCGGUGCCUUUGCCCUCCAUCUGCACCUGGGUCUGAGUCGGAGGCACAGGGUGGCUGCAGGAGUGCGUGAGCCUGCUGGGGUGUUCUGCCAACUGUUCGGUGCCAGCAUGGUGUUCUUCGGCCUGUGCCCUCUAUUACUUGGCAGUGCCAUGGCCGUGGAGCGUUGUGUGGGCAUCACCCAGCCCCUCCUUCACUCUGCCCUGAUCACGGUGACCCAUGUGCGUCUGGCUGUCCUUCUGCUGCCCUCCCUGGCCCUGCUGCUGGCCGGGCUCCCCCUGGUGGACGUGGGUAGUUACACAACACAGUUCCCUGGUACGUGGUGCUUUCUGAGCGUCCACGGGCCGCUCUCCACGGCCGACGCCAGCCUGGCCCUCACCUUCUCCGGCCUGGGGCUCAUUGCGCUCAGCCUCUCCCUGAUUUGUAACACCCUGAGUGGGCUGGCUCUGCUGCAGGCCAGGCUCAGCUCCCAGGGCAUCAGAACAAACACUACAGCAGCACCAGGUCGAUAUGGAAGAACCUCCUCCUCCUCUCCCCUACGCUCGCUGGACGUAGAGAUGAUGGCCCAGUUGACAGUGAUCACAAUGGUGUCCUGUGUGUGCUGGAGCCCCUUUCUAAUCUCCAUCUCUCUGCUGGUGGGUCAGUUCUACUGCGGUGGGCGAGGCUCCAGCCACACGUUGCGUCAGUCAGAGAGGCUGGUUCUGUUGGGCCUCCGCAUGGCCUCCUGGAACCAGAUCCUGGACCCCUGGGUCUACAUCCUGCUCAGACGGGCUGUGCUGCGAAGGGUCUUCCGUGUCCUCCAGCCAGACACCAGGUCCACCCUGACACAGAGCAGCUCCUGCACUACAGCCUCACGCAGACAGGGGAUCGGACUAAACUGA